ACACGCGAAAUGCACGUUUGUUGUUAUUUAUAUAUGACAAAACUGAUGCUACAAUUAUACAUGGGGCUAGGGAUUGUUUUCAUUUGAGCGAUUUCGCGCCAGAUUCUGGUUCCUCGUUUCGAUUCCAGGUCCAAAGCAUUCUCAAUUCUUUUUCUUUUAGGGGGCUGGGUCAAAAAAGUUAGCAUUGUUUAAAUAAAGGGUGUCCAAAUUAUGAACAUCCAUUUUCUUAGCAGCCCACUGCAUAGAUCACAGAAGUGAUUGCUAACCUUUACUGUGUCAAGGGACAUAUUUUAAAUUUAAAAAUCACCAGGCACACUAACCAACAAAUGUGUAAUAAAAAGUAGAUACACUAAUUAGUGGAUGUACUUAUUGCCAUAUAAUUGAAAAGUUCAGUCUGUCAUUAUGCCUCCCUGCCAUAAAUAGCUAAAGAUACUGUAAGAUUAUUUAUUGUACUAUGUGUAUAGAAGUUUUUUACACAAGCAUAUACAGCAAAUGAACAGGUCAUUUAAGUACAGUGAAGAAAAUAAGUAUUUGAUCAUCCUGUUAUAUUGCAAGUUUUCCCACUUAGAAACCAAAUAUUAACAUUGGUUUUGUCAGGUGUUCAAAUACUUAUUUGCACCUGUGUCACACAAAUAAAUUGUUAAAAUGAAUCAUAUAUUGUGAUUUCUCUCUCUCACAGUGGACAUGCACCUACGAUGAAAAUUUCAGUCCCCUGCAUGAUUUCCAAGUGGGAGAACUUGCAAUAUAGCAGGAUGUUCAAAUACUUAUUUUCUUCACUGUAGCUCUAUCUUCUGAUCAAAUUGGUUAUCACCUAUCGUUGUUUAACUUAACAAUCAGUAAUCAGUCCAAAAAAUAGAGAUUGUUUAAAGCCUACUUAAUAUUAAUUAAUGUUUCGGCUAAACAUUGAACAAUGCAUUGUUAAAUGAGUUAUUUGCAACAGUUUUAAUCACAUCAAAUCAUUUAUAUGUGAAAGUUUAAACUUGAACUGUUAAACAGUAUUAUCCAUAUACUUCUCAUUUAGUAACGCUUGCUUGAAACUAAAAGUAACCCAGGCCAUAAGAAGUUAUACUUGUAUGGUUUGUUUAUCACAUGAUGGUGCCAUCAGAGGACAGCCUGAUAAGGGUGAAAGGACACAUAAGGAUAAAAUGGAACAGCGCCGGGAUUACUCAUCCCUCCUACACUUGUAUUGUCAGGUACAAAUUAUAAGGGCUGCGAAUGAAAAGGGCUGUUUUUCACCCGAAUGAGACAACCACUACACUUAGGCAAGUGCCUAAGUCCCAAAAACAUGCAACAUUAAUUGGACACUCUAAAUUGCUCAUAGGUAUGAUUGUGAGUGCAGCUGUUUGUCUCUAUGUGCCCUGCGAUUGGCUGGUAACCAGUUCAGGGUGUACCACGCCUCCUGCCCGUUGACAGCUGGGAUCGGUUCCAGCACUCCCCGUGACACUUGUGAGGAUAAGCGGCUAAGAAAAUGGAUGGAGUUUAUUCCCAGGUGACAUGCACUGGACAUCACCAAAGACAUGGCAUUAAUUUACAAUGCAAAGGCAGUAACUUAUACAAGUUAGAAACUUUAGAACCUAGGAUACUGUAUGGGCUUCCAAGUUACGGUCGCUCUGUCUCAUCUGGACACCUCUACUGUACAUUUAAAAAACGAAUGUCAAAGAGCUGGAGUGGUGCGGUUUUACAACGCAAGCCAUGCCGUUAGACGACUAAAUUGUUCAACAAUUUACAAUGUCUAUUUUAUUAUGUUUGAAACUUUCGGGGAAAGAAAAGGACACUUUUAGAAGAACUUAAUCUGAGUUUGUGUUAUUUCUGUGGAAAGAGGAACAAGUUCAUGUCGGGGGGGGGGGGGGGAGAAAGCUUAUUGGGGAAAGAACGUUUUAUAACUUUUGUAUGACAUCUUUGUCAUUUGCUUGCGAAGAAGGAAGGAACCUGCUGUGACUGCCAAAAUGAAGCAGCAGGCAGGUGACAACUUCAGCCCACAUGAACCAUUUGCUGCACAACAAUGGCGUUCCCUCUCCAGGAGUACAUUGCCUCACUGGACAAUGCUUGUCUGCCAAAAGUUCUACAAGUCUGCUCAGGAGUCUACUUCCAAGGGUCCGUCUAUGAGAUUUCUGGGAAUGAGGUGUGCUUCUCCACCGGGGACAUCAUCAAGGUCACCAGUCUCAAACUCUCGUCGGUCUGCUGCGAGGAUGUCAGCAAUAAUGAAAGAUUUGAGAUACCCAUCAACCACACAGGCUUGCUGAAGGUGAUCCCAGAAGAGACUCCGUAUAGCACAGUGGAGGAACUAGUCAGGCUGAGGCCGUUAGGCUUGGACUCCUCGCUCCACGUCACCUUCACCAGCCGCUCCAAGUUGGCGUUGGCAGACAUCACACUAGGGGCGGGCUCCGUCUUGACCUUGUUAUCCGUGGUGGAAAAGGAUGAACUGUGCCGGUGCCGCGUCCACCUCGGCCCGGGGCAAGCCUCGGCCGAGGUGGAAGUGCCGCUGGGGACGCGCGGCGAGUUCUACAUGCACGAGGGUGAGGAGCGCUUCACCCCCAUGGAGAUUGUGACAUCGCCGCACCUACGCAGUCAACGCUUCCACUUUGACAACGCUGCCAUGUGUAAACGCACCCUAGUCCUCAGCCCCAUCUACCAGAUCCACGCCAUCAUGAGCAUGAGAAAGAACAUUUUGUGCUUCCCAUCCAGCUUGGCGGUGGAUGUAGUGGACAUCACCGACAAAUGUGAGGACAUCAACUUUGUGACCCCGCUUAGCCUACCGGACGUCCACUCCCAGGAGGAUCAAACCUUCCCCAUGGUGGUGGAAGUCCUGGAGGGUCCUGAUACGCGGACUAUGUUCAAGUGCAGUUGGCUAGCGCAGCUACAGAAGGGAACCCGGUUGAUUUUCCACCAAAAGGCAACCUCGCACAUGACCUUGAUGUCCACUUUGAAGAGCCGCAAGGGGCAGCAGUACUUCCUGGUAUCCAAGCAGUAUGCAGCCCGCUUCCGCAGGCGUCCCCGGGGGUUCGACUCCGCGUACAAACUCUACAUGGCCUCCACCCAAACUCCGGGAUUGAGGGUGUCCAUCACAAGGGACUGCGAGGAAGUGGAGGAGGAAGGCCUUCCUGGGCUCAGCGUCGGUGAGCGAUUGGAAGUUAUCGGAUGCCAAAAAGUCGAACUGCCGUGCGGCCACGUGGAUGCAGUCGUUUGCCAGCGCCUUGAAGACAUGGAUGACGAUGAGGAAGGAGAAAAGUUGGACCAUAUUUAUCUGCCUUUGUACAUGGAAGGCCACUUUGUGGAGCUGCUGGCUGACACCAAGAAGUAUACGCUGGACGAGCUGGUUGAGAAAGUGCCUAUGGAUGUGAAAGUGGUGAGUCGAGACCCUGAGCUGGAGAGCGACCCUCUUGUCGAGUUCCCAUCCCUCCGAAUAGAAGGGGGAAUUCUGGAGCCCACCAUCCAAGCCAGCUUCUUGCACACGCCAGACCGCUGCUUUGAGAUGCCGAUCCAGAGGAUCUGCAUGACCGUGUACUGCACCCAGCAGCCUCUACCGUGGCCCCCAAACCAGGCACCAAAGUGCACAGUGGACUGCGUUACAGAGGUGACGGACAAGUUCUUGUACCAAUUUCAAAAAGAGACCCUUGCUCCUGUGAUCCCUCCUCCCAGACCCCCGAAAUGGAAACUCUCGACACCCAAAACAAGCAAAACCUUCCUGACCAAAGAUUUUGAUGACAUGACUUUAGGAAGCAAAAGGAUCUCCUCGCCGCUGCCAGCUACUACUGCAAAUGUGAGCCAUCUGCCACCGCCAUUGACGCCCCGCAAGUCGGCAACGCCUCAGGGCUCAGCAGCGAGAGCCAUGCCUAACACCUACGUGGGAGUGGGGACCAAGGUUACAGGACUAGAUUGUGAUGAGGAAGCCAACGACAGUGACAACCCUUACGAGCAAGUGGAUGACCUGUUCGCAGUGGUACUGAAGAAAGCUGAAAAGACUUUCACAUUCAUCUAGGCUAGAUGUGUUUUUUUUCUUCCCCAGAAUAGUAGUAGCUUGACCUUCUAGUUUAAGUUGCUCUGUGACCACACUCAUUCUUUAAAUCCUCUUUCUCCAUUGAAAUGAACGGAAAUGCCCAAACAAUCCCUCUAAAGCAUCGCAGCCUACUCUGUGGAACAGUCAAAACAUAAAAUGUAACAAAUUAACCAGUUCUUGCGUUUUCAUGCUUUAAUUCAGCUCCUUAUAGCUUGCGCCCAUUUGCUGGGAGAGAACAGUAUAAAACAUUCACACAGACAUGAUUAAUGAAACAAGACAUCACAACUAAGCUACAUUAGCAGCUUUUCAGUCUUCAAAUAUAAAUUGUUCAAAGAUUUAUUGCAUCUGACAUUUAUGCUAGUUUUAC